AUGCUUUCAUUUCAACAGGUUAUCGACUACACACAAAGCACUUUAAGAACAAUGCCUCCCGGCUACUUACCCAGAUGGCUUUUGUUCAUUUCUGUGGUCUCCGUUUUCAAUUCGCUUCAAACCUACUUUUCAGGUCUAACGCUAACGCGUAGGGUUUACGAACGCAAACCCUCGGAGACGACUAACCUCAGUGCAAGGACAUUUGGAACUUGGACUUUCAUCAGUAGCGUGAUCCGCUUGUAUGGAGCUUUAUAUCUGCAAGAGGAGCACAUAUAUCAGCUUGUCUGUAUCUCAUAUCUGGUGGCCUUAUUCCACUUUGGAUCAGAGCUGAUUGUCUUUCGCACCUGCAAGCUCGGCAAAGGGUUUAUGGGGCCUUUGAUUGUAUCAACUACAUCGUUGGCCUGGAUGUACACCCAAAAAGAAUUUUACACUGGUUCAGGGUGGUGA